AUGGUUGCCCACGCACCUACUGCGAAAAAGCUGCCGACCCUAUAUCCGCAAAAAGCCUCCCCAAAUGGCAUAACUCAUUCUCAGGAAGCAGAAUCUACCGAUACUCUCCCAAUCAGCAUCAUGACUGUGGAUCGCGCGCCGUCCGAGUUUGACAGCGCCGAUCACAUUCCGAUUACCGCAAACGGUAAUGGCGCUACAAACCACGCGAAUGAUAGUCUCUACGGAGACGUCACAACACCAAUUCACUCUGACAAUGACUCAAGCGAUAGAAAAAUGGCCGUUGAUAUUCUCAAGGUCAUCGAGAGUUAUGGUGUCGACUAUGAGAAGAAUGGUGGUUCCUGGAAGGGACUCGAGUCCUUCAUCCCCACCGUGGAGGAGCGAGUUAAACACCGAGAACCGAUCCGCAUGAUUCUUCCUGCUUUUCCUUUUAAGUCACCCAAUUCAAGAGACAAGGUGUUGGGCACAAUGCCUGACUUUGGCGAAGAGUUGGCGCUUGCGCAUCUGAAUGGACUUUGCGAGAACAUCGCCCAGGUAUACGAGCCUGGGGCCGAGGUAUACAUCAGCUCAGACGGACUGGUGUACAAUGACAUUCUUGGGGUUCCAGAUGAGACUGUCUGGGACUACGGAGAGAACUUGCGCCAGAUGGCCAUAGAGAAGGGUCUUCGCAAUAUCAAAUUCAUCCGUCUAUUCGAACUGCUUGAGCAUCCAUGGGUCAAGACAGACAGCCCAGAGGCUGCCAAAGCUUUCUAUCUUGCUCACGCUAGUUGUCUUCGUCGCGAACUCAGGCACUUACACGGUGACCCAAGCUUCGAUGCCGACGAAGCAAUCAAGACCGACAACGAUACCUGCUUGACGUAUCGCGGAUACAUCAAAUUCCUAACCAAAGACCUCGCGCAUCAAGAGCAGACUCAGAGUUUGUCAAAACGGGCGAGACAGAACCAGAUUGCCCAAAUCGCGCGCCAGAUGAUCGUCCGCGGCAAGAUGUUCGCCGCCGCAAUCAAAGCCAAUCGAAAUGACUAUGUCCGAUUAUCCAUUCACGAAUCCGCAGGAGAAAAGAAGCUGUCAGUAUCUCUUAUUCCACAGCUUCGUGGAGCUCUCGGCUUCACUCCGUGGCAUGCAUCUGUCGCAGUGGGCGUGGAUGGUUCAUAUCGCACCGUGCACGCCGAAGACGUACGCUACACCCACGACCUUAUCUACAAGAAUGGCCAGCCAUUUUACUUUCGCGAAAAGUCCGAUCUCUUCAACUGGGCUGAAGAUGGUGUCUCCGUGAAAUUCGAGCAUCUCUAUCCUGCGGACUUAUCAUUCGCCCUGCCGACAUCGAUAAUGUCAACCCACCCCCUUCAAUCCGCAUUCUGCCUAUGCGCAAAGUCCGCCAGCUUUCAAAUAACUCUUGAGGAAGAAUUAUACGUCAAGGCUGCGGAGCAGCUUGGUAGCAUUCUUCCAUGGAGCUUCGGAAUCAUCCAAAAAGUCCGCGAUGCCGGUCGCGCCGACAAGCUGGGCAACAACGUCACCUCGAACGAGGCCAUGCCUAUGCACUUCGACGGAAUGUUCAAGUUUGAAGAAGUCACUGAUCCCACCACAGGAGAAACGAAAAAAGUUCAAUGUCCACCGGGCUACCAAUUCUUCACCUGCCCAGCGACCGCAACAAAAGGAAGCGGGUAUACACUCUUCGCCAGCUCGCGAUUAUUCUUCCGGUACCUCCCCCUCCCAUGGACAGCUGCGCGCCUGAAGAACAUCACAUGGGCAAUGGACAACGACGGGUUCUGGAACGCAAAGUUGAAGAACCUACCACUGAUUGUGAAACACCCUGUUUCCGGACUGCCCUGUGUACGCUGGCACCAGCCAUGGGACUCCAGCAAGACCAAGUUCUCAACAUGUGAUGUCACAAUUGAGAAUGACCAUCCCAGUCUGGUUGGGGUUGUGGAUCGAAUUACUUAUGACCAUCGGGUGUGUUUGCGCUUUGAGUGGGAGAAGGGAGAUCUGCUCAUAAGCGAUAACACGGCGAUGCUGCAUACCCGCACGGGGUAUAAGACUGAUUGUGAUCGGGAGCUGUGGCGCAUUCACUUUGAUUAG